AUGCACUUCGCUCUUUUCGGGGUUGCACUCGGCCUGGUUGCUAGUGCGGCUGCUUCGCUUCCUCACUCUCAUUUUAAUCAUGUACGCGCCGCCAACGGCCAUGCGAGUACUCAGGAGACUAUCCCGGGUUACUUCUCUGGCAGUUGCACAAAGGAGAAGAUGACUAUCCGGAAGGAGUGGCGCCAUCUGUCUAAGGUGCAACAGACUGAUUUCCUGGACGCCGUUCAGUGUCUGAUGGACAAACCCGCCAAGUCUGGUUUGACUGCCACCACCAGCCGCUUCAGCGAUCUUCAGGCUCUUCACCGUGGAAUGACCAACACGGCGUAUGCCGACAUCAUUCACCAUGUGGGUCAAUUCCUUCCAUGGCACCGCUAUUACAUGCACAUCUAUGAGACUCUUCUCCGUGACGAGUGCGGCUACACUGGUUCCAUUCCCUGGUGGGAUGAAGCAAAGGACGCAGACAGUGGAAACAUGUUUGGUUCUUCCAUGUGGGGAUCUGAUGCCUUUGGAGGCAAUGGAACUGGAUCUGGAAGCUGCGUCCAGGAUGGCCGUUUUGCCAACUAUACUCUGCACAUUGGACCUGGAGAUGAGGAUACCGAUUACUGCCUCCGACGCGCAUUCAACAACGAAGCGGCAAUCGCCAAUGCUAAUAGCACGGUCCUCAAAAUGUGCAACUCAUACAACACCUACUCCCCCUGGUGGAAUUGCAUUUCCAACAUUCCCCACAAGGGUGUCCACACCUACAUUGGUGGCGUCAUGGCAGAUAUCAAGUCGAGCCCGGGGGAUAUAGUGUUCUAUUUACACCAUAUGUAUAUCGACCGUGUUUGGUGGCUGUGGCAGAAGCAAGAUCCGGCCAACCGUCUUUACGAUAUUAGCGGUCCUACGGUCAAUGAGACUGCCAAUGUCGAGCCUGCGGGUGGCUGGCAGAAUGCCACAUUACACUAUGAGCUUUCGUCUUUUGAUAUCAUGCCAAACACGACUAUUGGCAAGGUGAUGAACCCCCAGGCGGGAGCUAUGCUUAUGGGAUACGGAAUUCGAUAA